CUUCUCUUGGUGCGUCUCGUGCGUCUGUGCGAGAAAGGGAGGGGGGCGGUGAGGGAGUGUGUAUGUGUCGCCUCCUCGGCGGCAGUAGCAGCAGCAGCAGCAUUGGAGGGAAGGACAAUCCCGAGCAGCAGCACACAAACAAGCCUUCUCUGGGGAAGGAAGGGAAGAAGCAUUGAGGAGCGGAGCCUAGGAGGAGCCCCUCGCCCAGGAAGCCGCCGUGGUGCUGGUGCUGAGGGAGGACUCCGGGGGAAUGCGGCACUGAGGGAAAGAGGAGAAGGCGCUUGCUUUCCCGUUUGCCUUCCUUCCUCGCUUGGCUAGGACUCCCCUCAGCCUACCUGGCUUGGAAGGAGACGGAGCGCGCCCUCGCCCAGCCUGGCCGGGGCUGAGUGAGGGGCUGAGGAGGCGCCAAAGCGAAGCAAAACAGGAGGAGCAGCCGCAGGAGCAGCAUCUCGCUUUCCAUUGCCAGCCCUAAGGAAGGAGCAGGCGCCAUUGCCAGGAGGCUUAGCGCUGGGGCCCCCUCCUCCUUUGCCCCCACAAGGAUGCCUUCUUCUGCCUCCCCCCGGCGGCCCAGCCCGGCCCCUCCGCCCGCGUGGCCCCUGCUGCUGCUGCUCUUCCUCCUCACCUUGGCCUCCUCCUCCUCGUCGUCGUCGGCCUGGGCGCGGAGCAGCUCCCGAGCGCUGUCCGGGAUGCCCCCCUCCUCUUCCUCCAGCAGCACCCCCAUCGCCAUCAUGGGCUUGAUGCCGCUCAGCGACGCCGUGGAGAAGGGCAAGAUCGGGCGCGGGGUGCUGCCCGCCAUGCAGCUGGCCAUGGAGCAGAUCCUCAACGAGUCCUUGCUCAGCCCUUACGCUCUGGACCUGCGCUACUACGACACCGAGUGUGACAAUGCAAAGGGACUUAAAGCCUUUUAUGAUGCAAUAAAAUAUGGACCUACACACCUAAUGGUUUUUGGUGGAGUAUGUACAACUGUCACCUCCAUCAUUGCUGAAUCCCUAAUAGGAUGGAAUCUGAUCCAGCUCUCAUUUGCUGCAACAACACCAGAGUUAGCUGAUAAGAAAAAGUAUCCUUAUUUCUUCCGGACAGUGCCAUCUGAUAAUGCUGUGAAUCCUGCAAUUCUGAAGUUACUCAAACAUUUUCAGUGGAAAAGAGUAGGAACUCUAACCCAAGAUAUACAAAGGUUUUCUGAGGUACGGAAUGAUCUCACUGGUGUCCUAUAUGGUGAAGAAAUUGAAAUCUCAGACACUGAGAGUUUUUCUAAUGAUCCAUGCACAAGUGUCAAAAAGCUCAAGGGUAAUGAUGUCCGAAUUAUCGUUGGGCAGUUCAAUGAGGAAAUGGCAGCAAAAGUAUUCUGCUGUGCGUUUAAUGCACAGAUGUAUGGCCCUAAGUAUCAGUGGAUCAUUCCUGGGUGGUAUCAGACCUUCUGGUGGGAAAAAGCUAUUCCAAAGCUCAAUUCAUCAAACUGUCACACUGCAAAUAUUCUUAGUGCCAUGGAGGGCUACAUUGGAGUGGAUUUUGAACCUCUAAGCUCCAAACAGAUAAAGACCAUUUCAGGAAGGACUCCACAACAAUAUGAAAAGGAGUAUGAUCAAAGGCGUGGGAAUGUUGAGCCAAGUAAGUUCCAUGGCUUUGCUUACGAUGGAAUAUGGGUAAUUGCCAAAACACUGCAGCAAGCAAUGAAGAUUCUCAAUGCCACCAACAAAAACCAAAAAAUCGAGGACUUUAACUAUACCAACAAAGACCUUGGGAAAAUCUUCCUGGAUGCAAUGAACCAGACCAGCUUCUUUGGUGUAACGGGUCAAGUUAUGUUCAGAAAUGGAGAGAGAAUGGGGACCAUCAAAUUUACACAGUUCCAAGACAAAAAAGAAGUGAAGGUGGGAGAAUAUAAUGCUAUACUUGAUUCACUGGAAAUCAUCAACAACUCCAUCAAAUUUCAGGGGAUAGAACCGCCAAAGGACAGAACCAUUGUCCAGCCACAACUUCGCAAAAUCUCUCUUCCUCUCUACAGCAUUCUUUCCGCAAUCACUAUCCUGGGAAUGAUCAUGGCUAGUGCUUUUUUGUUCUUUAACAUCAAAAAUCGAAAUCAGAAGUUAAUAAAGAUGUCCAGUCCUUACAUGAACAAUCUCAUUAUUCUUGGUGGGAUGCUCUCCUAUGCAUCUAUAUUCCUUUUUGGCCUUGAUGGGUCUUUUGUCUCUGACAAAACAUUUGAGACCCUUUGUACUGUCCGAACUUGGAUACUUACAGUGGGCUACACAACUGCAUUUGGGGCAAUGUUUGCGAAAACAUGGAGAGUCCAUGCAAUUUUCAAAAAUGUAAAAAUGAAGAAAAAGAUCAUCAAAGACCAAAAAUUGAUGGUGAUAGUUGGAGGGAUGCUGCUAAUAGAUCUUUGCAUCUUGAUUUGCUGGCAAGUUGUUGAUCCCUUGCAGAGAACAGUGGAAAAAUACAAUAUGGAGCCUGACCCAGCAGGCCGAGAUAUUUCUAUCCUUCCCAUUUUGGAGCACUGUGAAAACUCUCACAUGACCAUUUGGCUUGGCAUUGUUUAUGCCUACAAAGGGCUACUCAUGCUGUUUGGGUGCUUUUUGGCUUGGGAAACCCGAAAUGUGAGCAUUCCGGCUCUGAACGACAGUAAAUACAUUGGCAUGAGUGUUUACAAUGUAGGCAUCAUGUGCAUUAUUGGGGCUGCUGUUUCCUUUCUCACACGAGAUCAGCCCAACGUGCAGUUUUGCAUUGUGGCACUCGUCAUUAUAUUCUGUAGCACCAUCACGCUCUGCUUAGUGUUUGUACCAAAGUUAAUCACUCUGAGAACAAAUCCAGAUGCUGCUACUCGGAACAGAGGGCUCCAGUUCACUCAAAACCAGAAGAAAGAUGACUCAAAAACAUCGACGUCUGUCACCAGUGUCAACCAGGCGAGCACAUCUAGGUUAGAAGGACUACAAUCAGAAAACCACCAGCUGAGAAUGAAAAUAACAGAGCUGGACAAAGCUUUAGAAGAAGUCACUAUGCAACUGCAGGACACACCUGAGAAGACAACGUAUAUUAAGCAGAAUCACUACCAGGAACUCAAUGAUAUUCUCAGUAUACGCAACUUCACAGAAAACAAAGAUGGUGAAAAGGCUGUGUUGAAAAACCACCUUGAUCAAAAUCCACAAGCACAGUGGGAUACAACAGAGUCUUCUAGAACAAACAAAGACUUUAUAGAAGAUAUCAACUCCCCAGAACACAUACAGCGCCGACUCUCCUUACAGCUGCCCAUUCUUCACCAUGCCUACUUGCCGUCGAUAGGCGGGGUCGAUGCCAGUUGUGCUAGUCCAUGCGUCAGCCCCAGUGCCAGUCCACGGCACAGACAUGUGCCACCAUCUUUUCGUGUGAUGGUUUCUGGCCUGUAGGAUAUUCAGAGCUUCCUGAACUGAUUUUGGUACUUCAUGGCUGGACUGAACAUCUUGUGUUGAACUCUUGCCUUCUACAUACUCCUUACUCUAAUCACAGAGGAACUAGUGUUAUAAGGCCAUCGUCAAUGGAGGACCAGCUCCACUGCUGUGCAAAAGCAUGCAAAGCGGAGACGGUUACCCAGAGGUUGAGCUGUAGCCUUACUUGUGGACAUUUUUAUUUAUUCACAGAGAAAGUCACCAAACCAUGGUCCUUCCCAAAUUGUUCCUGGAGGCAAGGUGGCUGGAAACAUAAACUUGACAAAAAACAAAUCAAAAAAAGGACCUCCUUCAAGUGUCACUAUGCUUUAUAUGGCUACGGAAAAUAUGGAAUGAUGUGCAAAAAAAUAGGGGGAAGGGAAGAAAUCCCAUCAGAGAUCUCUAGUAAUGGAAAUGGAUACUUUGUUUUGCAGGAUUGCGCUGACCUUCAUUUUUGGGACUUUGUUCUUUGAGAAACCCUUCCUUAGCUGCGAUUGAGAUGAGUUCAUCUCAGUGCCUCUUAUCUUAAGACAUGCUUGGAAUAGAGGAGGUUUCAAGGAGGAAGUAGGUCUAGGGGCAAAAUCUCACAAGUGGGCGGCCAGAUAGCAGGCACUCCUCCUUCUUGCUAACACAUAGGGUUUGGCAGGAUCCCAGAGUGAUGGCAGAAAAUGAGGGCUGACAGUGCACAAGGCUACGGGUGAGUCUUGACGUUUUAAGAUGAAUUGACUCCUCCCCCAAGUUUGAUUUAAACCACAGUGCAGUUAAUUUGAAGGAAGGACAUGUAGGGAUGGGACACAGAUGCCACACUGCUGCAGAGGCAUUGACCGUAUAUACACAACCUUUGCUUCAUAUCUUCGCGUGUGUGACAGUAGUAGUUGAGAAUAAGAGUCCAAAUCAACUGUGCCUGUAUGAGGAAAAAUCCCUUUGCCUUUUGAAUUGGAAAACAAAAAGAUGAACAGUGGUUUAAUCUCUUUUUGCCCCCAAGAAAUUGGAAUUUAAUCUUCUUCUCUGAGCAGUUGAAUUGCUAUUGGAGAGCGACACGCUAUUGGAGAUUAAUGUGUUCAUACAAAAUGUCCAAGUGGUUCUAUCACUUACCGAUAAGGUCUGAUUCAAGCAUGUGCUACUUAUGUGCUAGUGAUUCUGCGCAUGCCUGUGGGAACUAAGACCUUUGUGCAUGCAUGAUCCAAAAAGGGGCACUCAUGCUUUGUACAACUACCUGGCACAGGGAAUUUCAGUGGACACACUUCACUCUGGGCAUUGUGCUGCCUUGUUGAGAGAUGGCACAUCAUGUGAAAUUCUUACUGCUGUCUAGUGCUAGUCCAGUUUGCUCACAGUCCAAAUUUGUGCAUUCAACAUGGGAAGAUCAGAGAAGCACCGCCAAAUUCCCUUCCAGUUACAGGAUUUCAGAGCCAAAUUCUGUGACGGUGCUUCCGAAUGGCUAGCAUAUGAUUUCAGGGCAACCUUUUUGUGACUAUGUUUCUGAAUGGCCAGCAUAUGAGAAGCAUUGAUCUAUGAAAAGGACUCACCGAUACAAUCAGCCUGUGAAUUACAUGAGUUGUGUUUAGGCCCAGGAAUCACAGUGGGAAAAGAGAAACAGAAUUACUCAUACAGCCUUCACCUUCCUUAAAUACCACGGGCUGCUAUCUCCAUUCUUGGCCAUUCUUUACUGGUGGCCAAUUUGGCAUGCAAGACUGCUGAACUUUGGCAAUACUAGCUGUCUUUUCUAAAAUCCUGUAUGAAUUAAGUAACAUUUUUGAGAUAAGGCAUGGUGGAGGGGGGUGGCGUUUAUGACUGCACUGUCCUCUCUUGCACAACAGGAAAGAACCUUCUGUUCCUCUCGUGUCCCGGUGCAGCAUUUGGUAUCUGCACGAAGAGAGAAGUACCAAGUGAGUCCCUGUAGAUGUCCCCUGAUCCCAUCUUGUUUGAGUAUAUUACCCAUAAAUUGUAGUCCACUUGCGGGCAUCACAGAACGUGCCCCUGAACACAUUAUCACUGAGGGGUCAUGGAGGCUUCUGAAAGUGUUGGGUUGACCCUACGUCUACCAUGCAGGAGGUAGAACACAUUACUCUGAGCACUAACCACCGAAGGUGUUGUCUGGUGUGUGUGUGAGUGAGGGUGUGCGUGUGGGUGAGUGAGUGUGCUGAUAGUAUUCUCUUAAUUUAUUAAUAAACUCCAUCAGGACUUUAUUUAAUACAAAUAAAUAUUACUUUUCAAAAAGGACAAUAAUACUGUAUAUAAUGUAUACACAAACAUUUCUGUAGAAAAUAUUAUUCCAACAUAGCAGGAAACAAAAACAAAAAAAAUCCAAAAGUAUUGGACUGUUGGCGGUGAGUGUGUGUCUGUAACUCUUUGUGAAUACUGACUGUGUGCUGUUUCUUAGGUUUAAAUCAUGCAGUACAUUCUUUGUCUCAAAUGCAACUGUAGUUCUUCCCACAACAUUUUUUAAAAAUUUCCUGCAGAAAAUAAGACCCACAAAGUGACUAUAGUUAUUUAAUGUUUAUGUUCUUUUUCUACUGCAGCAAAAAUGUACUGUAAAAAAUUACAAGGAGGCUGUGCCCCAGUGGCAUUUUCCAACCAAGUUAGUGCACAAAAGCUUUAACCUAGACUGGAACUGUCAGAAUUAUUUUUUAAAAAAGCAAGAGAAGGAGAAAAAGGAAGUACAUGGAGAAUUUCUUGUAUACCCCUUAUACUGCAUGAAAAUCAAUUUUUAAUAAAUUGUUGCAAAAAUCUGUUUUAUUAAUAAAAUAGAGAAAACCUAA